GGGAACUAAAUCAUGUAAGAGUGGAAGAGAGAGAGAUGAACGCACCAGAAGCAUGUUGUUGUCUCCUCAUACAACCGUCAGCGGCAGAUUUCCAUCAAUCUGACCACCACGGGAAACCCCCAGCUUUCUGAGGGGAAUACAACCGUGUGUCAGGAACACGAGUGGGACGUUCAUUCGCUAAUAAACUCACUGUUGGCGUCAGUGAAAUAAUCUCGUUAUAUGUCCACUUAAUCUCGGGGAGCCUCAAACUGUAUGUACAUAUGGAGGGUUGGAAAAUAAGCGUCGGCUCUCUAAGUGAAGACGUCCUGAACAGGCUGGCAAAGAUGUUGGAUAACGCCACCUGCGGGUGGAGGCAGCUGGCCAGCGCCGCGUCCGAGCAACCGAGUCUCCGCUGCAGUGAAAGUGAGCUGACCAGCUGCUCACUCCAGGUGCUGAGCGCCACAGGCAGCCCUGGACGCACACUCCUGGCUCGACUGGCCGAUCGCUCCUGCUCCCUGGACUUCUUGUGCCACUGUCUAAGGAAGUUGGACCACCUGGAGGCUGUGCAGUACCUCACCACCAUAGCAGAGAUGAUGCGGAUCACAGUGCAGCCACAGUCUCAGCAGGCUAAAGUAGGGAGUAGGGUGGUAUUGAGCUGCAGAGCCGCUGGUCCCCCUGACCUCAGCUACCAGUGGUUCAGAGGCAAAGAGGAGAUUUCAGAUGAGACUGGGUGUACACCAGAGUUGAUUCUUUGUCCUCUAGGCCCAGGUCACCAGGGUCACUAUAUCUGUAGGGUCAACCAUGGAGAAAAAUGCAUCUUCUCUCAGUGGGUCCAUGUUCGCUUGGUUGACUCUGCAGAUUCUAGUCCAGGCUGCAGCAGCACUCUGUUUCCUGGGUCAGCGAGUGGGCUGAGCAUCAUCCACCAACCUCAGCCCCAAACUUUGUCUGAGGGCGACGCUCUUCUCCUGGAGUGCAAAGCAAAGUCCAAUCCUCCUGCCCAGUAUGAGUGGUACCGUAACGCAGAACCCCUGUCAGAACACAAGACAAGUUCACUUAGAAUCCCGUGUGUGACCACAGCACACAGAGGAGAGUACAGGUGUAAGGUGUUCAAUUUCUAUCAUGAGAUGUGGAGUGACACAGCAACAGUCACUGUUGGCCCCACUUCUAUCACUGAUGCACCCUGGGUAGAAGCCCAUCGUGGCCCAGUGUCACCGGGCUCGCAGGAAAUCCACAGGUCAACUUGUGGACCGGGAAUGAAUCCACUAAAACAGAGAGUCAGUCAGCCCCCAACAGCCAAACGUUUCCAUGCAACAGACAAAGUCGCUUUGCUGAUUGGCAACAUGAACUACCUCUACCACACUCAGCUGUGUGCUCCAAUCGCUGAUGUCCAUGAGUUGACCAACCUCCUCAGACAAAUGGACUUCAAGGUGGUUUCCUUGCUUGACCUCAACUGGCAGGAGAUGCACAGUGCAGUGACAGAGUUCCUCUUGCUGCUUGACAAGGGAGUCUAUGGAUUGCUAUACUUUGCUGGUCAUGGUUAUGAGAACUACGGCAACAGUUUCAUGGUUCCCAUCGAUGCGCCGGCCUCCUACACAUCAGAGCACUGCCUGUGUGUUCAGAAUAUACUCACAAGGAUGCAGGAGAAAGAGACUGGUCUCAACGUGUUUCUGCUGGACAUGUGUCGCAAAAGAAAUCCAAAUGAUGAUGUCAUUGUUCAGCCUGGACUUCUGAAGGUCACAGCAAAUAUAGUAUUUGGUUAUGCGACAUGUGUAGAUGCUGAGGCAUAUGAAGUGAAGAGGCAAAACGUGUCCAAUGGGAUCUUCAUAAACUUCCUCAAACAGCGAGUUUGUGAGGACGAGAAGGUUACAGUCAUGCUGGACAGAGUGGCUGAAGACAUGGGCCGUUGUGUAAUCACACGAGGGAGGCAAGCUCUGGAGCUACGCAGUAAUCUGUCCGAACGACGCUGCCUCACUGACCAGAUACAGACCUCUGAAUGUUCUGCAUCCUUUUCUGCUCGUAACCUGCAGUGGGCUGUUGCUCAUGUCCUACCUACGAGCCGCUACCUGCCGUUUGAUUGUGGGGUGACUGUUCAGCUUGGGUAUGCUGCAGAGUUCUCAAACGUCAUGGUCAUUUACACUCGGAUACUCGAGAAGCCCGCAGACAUUGUUUCGUGCUGUGCUCAGCUCUCUGACUUCCCUGGGGAUGUGGAAAUUGAUCUGAAGAAGAGUAACCAGGAAACUCUACUUGAAGCUGGCAGCUUAUUACUGAUCAAGGAAAACCUCCCUUUGCCAGAGGUUCCCAGUCUUUACUCUCGUAUCCGUGGCCUGCAGAGACUUAGGAGUGAGCUCACAUUCACCGUCUGUCUUCAUUAUACCUAUUCCAACAUGGAUGAAGAAAUACUGGAAAGAAAGUCAGUAACAGUUGGCAAACCACUGGUCUCCAAACUCAACCUCCAUAAACCACGACCACCUCGGGCCUGCUCUUCAUCCUCAUCUUUCAGCCUUGACUCCUUCGAUGUUCCUGAGUGCUCCUCCAUCACCAAGGACUUCACCUCUGUUGACUCAAACACAUGGCCAUAUCAUGCACAAAGUGCCAGAGGGUCUUCCACCAAUGACUCUGCAGCUUCAUCCUCGAGUCCCAAUAUGCCAGAGGAGACUGACUGCCACGAGCUGGGUGAUACGCUUAAUCCUCCUGUUGUCAGCCAAAGCUUUUCCCACAGUCAGGUAGAUUUACAAUAAAUGUACAUAGGCAUUAUAAACUUCUUUGAACGUUAUGAUACAUCAACUAGCAUUUGGUGUAGAAAACAAACAUUUUACAAUAGACACAUUGUAAGACAUUCAUCAUUCAUCAUCAUUCAAGUUUAGUAUGUACCCUGUUUGUAUGGAAAAAAAGUGGAAAGAUUAAACAUAAUCUUUGGUUUCUUGA